AUGGCUGAGCCAAAGCCACGGCAGCGGAAAUUCGCUCCCAGGAGCCGCCAAGGCUGUCUGACAUGUCGUCAACGGCGCAAGCGAUGCGACAACCAGCAGCCUCAGUGCAACCACUGUACGCGGCUCAAUCUCAGCUGCGCAUGGCAGGCUCCUCGCAAGCUGGUUGCAGACUCCUCUCCAACCCCGGGCCCACCUUCGCCUGGGCCUGCCGUGGCGUCGCUACGGCCUGCUUUGGACAUAUGGGACGCCCUGCCAGCAGACGCCGUGUCAGAAAGGAAGCAUCUCUUACAGUACUUUGUCGAAGCAUUUGUGCCCAGCGUCUCGGUCGCCACCACCCCAACGAGCUUCUACACAUCCCUCUACAUGCCAUGGGCCUUCCAGAUCGACGGCAUGUUGGAUGCCAUCCUCGCCAUCACUUCGGCUCAGCUAGCACGUCGCACCUCCGACGACACGCGGGCCGCCCAUCUACGUGCUGUGUCGUCUCGUCAUGAAAGAAAGUGUUAUGCUUUCAUCAAGGAUCGCAUCGUCCCAUCAGGCGGGCUACCCAAAGAUACUUAUCAAGUCGCAGCCGUGAUUCUGAUCCUUGUUGGAUUGGAAGCCUUGAACGGCAUGAAAUCCACACGCUGGAUCUCCCAACUCAAAAGCGUGCAGCGCAUCCUGGCCUCACUUACACCUGAACAAAGCAUCAUCGACUGUGUCGAGGUCGAUUCGCUCCAACGUCAUUUCACUUAUCACUUUGCAAGCGCAUCCUUAAUGGCCAGAGUGUCCCACGCGCCCCCGUCCCCCUCCCUUGAACAAGACCUUGCACCUCUCAGUGCUCCGCUCAUGCCAGGCACAAUUGAUCCGCUCAUGGGUAUCAACUACCAACUUUGCGAUCUCAUCUCUCGCAUUCAAUAUGUAACCUCGUCCAACCCAGCCUUUCCGCAUGUCACAGAGGCUUCCUUCAAUGCCAUCGAGACUGGUAUUCAAAACUGGACCUACGACAACCCUUUUGCUUUGGGGGUAGAAAUACCUAUCGCACUCGAUCUAAUUGCGCUGGCGGAGGCUUACCGACUUGCUGCGCUAAUCCAGUUGUAUCGAAACUCGCCAAAUCAUGCCUCGCUCAUUCCUAGCUGUGCUUUGCGCGCCAUGGAUUUCAUAGCUCGUAUACCACCUGGUAGUCCUGCCGAAUCUAGUCUGCUAUAUCCCAUAUUUCUUGCUGGUGCAGAACUGAACAAUGCUACAGCUAUAGAGAUUUGCUUGAAGCGGCUCGAAGAUAUCCGGAGACGAAAUCGUUACGAGAAUGUCGGCAGCGUGCAGAAAGUUUUAAAAGAAGUUUGGCGUCCCAAGCUGGACGGCGGUCAGAGGAGAGAUUGGGAGGAGGUACUUCAAGAGUGGGGUUGGUCGUUCACACUCGGAUGA